AAAACUGCUGUGCUGUUAAAAAGCUAACUCUUAUUUUGUUUCUUUAGCUAAUAUCCUGAGGUCAAUUUUGAAGGAUAAUAAAUUUAGUUUGUUAAUAACUUACUGGCAUACAUAUGAACAGGAUUAAUAGUUCCUUUCUCUAAUAACUCUUGGGAACUGUGCUUCCAAAUAAGUGGUUCGACAUAACAUCUCCAAAAUAGAAUUCCCAAAAGGAGUCCGUGACAGUUCCUCUGGUCUACAAGUGAUAUGCUUUUAUUGUAGAUCAGCCUCAAGUAUGUCUUUCCAAUGAAACAUUAGCAAAGGAACCAAGCUUUCAGAAAUUAGAAUGCAAGCCCAAAAUAUGGAGCAUUUAGCAAAAGGAAUUCAGAUGGAGAGUGAGCAACAAUUGGAAGCUCCAAAUACAACUGAUCCAAUUAUUGCCCAUGAGAGCCCAGCCAAAAAAGCUUCUGUCUUUUGCUUUAAGAAAAGGAAAAAGUCCUGUGAGAAGGUAGCAGAGAAGGAUGAGAACCAUGAAGCCAAUUCACUUAGCUUAAGGUCUACUAACCAGCCUUCAAACAUGGGGCACAAUGAAACAGAGGUAUCAGAUCCAUUCUGGACUUCAGGAGGGGCCUGGUUGGCUUUCAAACGACUUGUGACAUUAAGAAGAAGAUCCAAAGCCACUUUGAAGAAACAAACACAGGUUUAUUCUUGUGUACAGCUAGAUGUGGACAUAGGAGAUUCUGGCAGGUCACGAUUUCCUAAGGAGCAUACCAGUUCCGGUUUUAAAAUUCCCUGCUUACAACUCUCUCGAAGCAAAAAAAGGACCAGCCAUUCUGAAAUGAUAGAACAGCCAGAUUGCAAGAAAAAAGGAAGUGAUACGGCAAGCAUCCUGAAUAGCAAAAAUAACGGGGAGCCAGAGAUUGUGGCUAUGGAAGUUCCACUUAAUACAAGACCAUCUCCCAGCAGAGGCCUUCAGGAGAGAGAGAGUGGCAGUGGAGCUGUGAAAAAUAUGGAAAAUGUGGCACUCUCCAGUAGAGAGAAUGAGUUUCCAGUGGAAGUAAGACCUGAUCCCAACUGUUAUAUUGACUGUAGAGUUCAGUCAGAAAUAAUCCAUUCUGAAACUGCACUUGUAACUGAAGAAGAGAAGCAAAUAUUUCAGUUACAUCAUGGGACCCUCUAUGGAAACCUUGAAGAGUUGGAAAAUCAGAAGUUCAGUUUUAAUGUUGAGAUCAGUCCUCUCAUUCCUCAGGACCUGCCUGAAAGUGAACAACAACCCAUAGAAAGAGAGGGAACCAAGAAUGCUUUUGCCAAAGAGGCCAAGUCACAGCCAUUUGGGAUGGACAUUGAUGUUGGGGCCAAAAGUGAGGAUGCUGCUGCUAAGGAAGGUCAUUCCAUUGAAGUGAUGCUGCAUUGCAGCCCAUCUGUAGUGGAAGAUGAGCCUUCAGACAUGCCAGUCUGUCCCGAUGAAGAAGACAGAAGUGAAGAAAAUCAGCUCGCCAUGCCUGGGGCCGGCAUUGUAAUCAUGAUCACUGAAGCUGAAGACUAUCAGGAUAAUGAAGAAGAAUCAGCUCCUAUCUGUGAAACUUUUGCAUUUCCCCAAGCCAUCAAGCAGAAAGGGAAGAAAAAAACUAGCAGAAGCCAUGCUUCUAGUGCAGGUUGUAACUACACAAAGGAAGAUAAAACAUGCUUCAAGGUCCCAUCAUCCUAUGGCACCAACAGCCAGGAACACCGGACUUCAGAGCAAUAUGAAGUGCUGCUGGUCGAAACAGCUGCCUCACUUGUGAAGACAGCCAUUCAGUCAUCUGUUGAGCAGCUUGUCAAUGAAAUGGCUUUGGAACAAAAUAACCAAAACAGCGUUCUAUGAUCACAAGAGCCUCUUUGUAAAUUAGGGGCAGGCCUGCUGUCAGGCAGGGGGAGCCAACUGUUGCUGAUCCUGGAAGUGACAGUGAUCUGCCAUUUAAACAUAUUGGCUUGUAAUGGGAAAGAAGGUACCAUUUGGAUUUUCUUUGUCUGCUGCCAACACUGCUUGAUCCAUCCUUAAUGACCAAUUCAGCCACAACAUUGCCACGAGGAAAUGUUCCAGAUGUUCUGAUGUAUUUAAACUUAGCAUGAAAGAUUAGGGAUGGUCUUAAGUCCUGAGAUAUUUGCAAUAUCUGUGAUUAGCUUAAUUUUGCAUGUUGGCAUAAUGGGUGUAUAUUGUAUGUAUAAACAGGUUGUAAAAAUAAGGUGGGGAGGGUCUUUUGCUGCAUGGUGACAUGUACUAAUGGUUUAUUCUCUAUAGUAGAUCUAGAAAAGACACCCAUACUCUCUCCCUUUCCUUCUCCUCAAUUCAUUUUUCACUUGCAAGUACCAAGUUAUUCAAAUAAUAAUGUCAAUAAUAUUGUCAAUGAUUGAGGCAGCUUUUUUAACCCAGUGCCUUUCAGAUAUGUUUGGCAUUACCUUCCUUGAUUUUUAGCUGAAAUUAUGGGAAUUAGUGUACCACUUAUGGAGGCCAGUAGGUUGGGGAAAUCUGACUCAGGGUAGGAGAAACUUUACAUAUUAAAUAAAUGGCUAUGAAUCAAGCUGUUAAAGGUCCCAGAAAAAAUUACUGGGGAAAGGAAAAGGAAUAGGUGACACCCCCAUCCAAAGCAGAAAUUAGAUUGAGCAACAGUAACUGAAAAGCAUAUCUUUCUUUAUAAAAGCUACCCAUUUCUACUAGAGCAGAUGACCUCAAUGUUUCUUAAGCCCUGCUGAUCAUUUUAUCAAAGUAUCUGGGUCCCACCAAGAGAGAAGCAAACAUUUCUUCAGAGAAAUUUACAAACUACAUUCAGAGACAUUUGUUAUUGUAAGUUUUAAAGACAAAAACAGUACUACUGUUGACAAUGAUUUUACAAUUUUUAAAUAAUGACUAAGCUUAGUCCUUGCCACUAGAAGCUGUCUUCCACAGAGCCCAAAUCCUGAAAUAUUUUUAAUUCAAAUAAUGAGUGAGAGCUAAUUGGGGCUGAAGCAGUGUUUGCUGCUGUGUGAGCUACCUUCCCCUAAGCCCAAUCCAAAUAAAACAACUUAGUCAUGAAAGACAGAGAGAGGGAGGGAGAAAGAGAACUAAGCCCAAAUCUUUCAGAGGCUGCUCUAAUUCCAGGCCCUGGGGAACAUUCUGCGGAGAUGCUCAAUUCCCUUUGCUUCAGGAUAGUCAGAGGACUGGCUGCUCUGUCCUCCUUUACUCUCUCUCUCCUGAGAUCCUUCCCAAACUGGGUCAGCAAGUCUCUUCCCAUCUACUGUUGUUUGAGAAAGUCAGGACUACAGAAGCCCUUAAAACACAUUCUCAGCAGUUCUUGCCCUAGGUUCAUGUAAGGAUGAGAGUCAAAAUGGACAGAGUGAUGGAAAAAGGCAAGUGAUUUGUUCAGAACUCUAGCAAGAGAGCUGUUUCCCCACUAGGGGUGUGCAUACUUUGAAAUGAUUUGAAAGCAGUGUUUUGGACCUCAUAAAAGCACCACAUCUCUGUAAUCCAUUAAAGCAACCCCUCUUUUUUCAGUCUUCUGCACCAGCUUGAAGAAGGGGAUUGAUCCUUUAAUUAAUGGAAUUAUUAAUACAACUCUUCAAGCAGAUACAUCUUUUUUCAGACUUGCAUGAGAGCCUUAAAAGAGACACACAUGCUUUAAUUAAUAGUAGAGAUUGGUAUUCUUGCAUGAGGCCUGAAGUAUUUCUUCUGAAUCAGAU